UGCUAUGUAAACGCUUGAUAAAAAAAACAGCAUAUUAACCAGUUUACUGAAGACUAAAAAGGGCAGAAAAAGCGUCAGAGUCUGUGAGGAUGAACCGACACCGCGGACUGCUGCAUGUGGCUUUAAAACAUGAAACAGCUUCACCUUCAGAUGUCAACAAAAAUAUUAUUAUUAAAGAAGAGCAGCAGGAGUGGAGCUCCAGUCUGGACCAGCAGGACCCAGAACCCUCACACAUUAAAGAGGAACAGGAGGAACUCUGGACCAGUCAGGAGGGAGAGCAGCUUCAAGGGCUGGAGGACGCUGAUAUCAACAAGAUCACAUUCACUCUUGUUCCUGUGAAGAGUGAAGAUGAGGAAGAGAAACCUCAGUCCUCACAGCUUCAUCAAAGACAAACUGAACAGAUGAAAACAGAAGCUGAUGGAGAGGACUGUGGAGGAUCAGAACCAGCCAGGAACUCACAUCCAGAUACUGAUGACAAGACUUCAGACUGCUCUGAAGCCGACACUGAUGACAGUGACGAUUGGAAGGAGACCAGUGAACCUCAGUCAGGUUUAAAUGAUGUGAAAAUAAGUCCAUGUCGGAAAAAAGACUGUGUCAGUAGCGUGGUUUGGUACACUAGCAGCAAACCGUAUAGUUGCUUCAAGUGUGGUAAAGAAUUUGGACACAAGAGGUCUAUGCAGAGACAUGUGAUGUCUCACGAAGACGAAAAGCCUUUAAGCUGCACAGUUUGUGAGAAACAUUUCAGAGGCAGGUCAGAGCUUGUGAAGCACAUGAGGAUCCACACAGGAGAGAAACCGUUCAGUUGCUCUGUUUGCGGUGACAGAUUUUCCAGGAGUGAAAGUUUGAGUCGUCACAUGAGAUGUCACACGGGAGAAAAACCUUUCAGCUGUUCGUUUUGUCUGAAGCGUUUCCGAUGUCGACAGUAUAUCGUGACACACAUGAGAACCCACACAGGGGAGAAACCAUUCCACUGCUCCUCGUGUAGUAAAUGUUUUUCUUCCAAAUCAAAGUUGACCCAUCACACGAGACUCCACACAGGAGAGAAACUGUACGCCUGCUCGCUUUGUGGUAAAAGCUUUUUAAUUAAAGCAGCUCUGACAGAACACAUGACGGUCCACACAGGAGAGAAGCUGUUCAGUUUGCAGUAAACAUUUCUGGUUUCACUCAGAUUAAAAACCAUAAUAAAAAUGAUAAUAAACUCA